UUCACCUUGGCGCGCUAGCUCCCUCUUCAGUCUUCUCUACUCCGUCUGCAGAAAUGACGAAGAAGAAGAAGAAGCCAAGCCCAAGAGUGCCGGAAGUCCUCCGACGACUGUACGGGACAAGAGUGAAAACCCUAGCCACUUCUAUACUCUCCUUAAUUUCCCAUCCCACUGCUUCCUCGCCGCCGUCUUGCAGCUGCAUUGGUUCCCGCCCGUUCGGCUGCCUCCUUUGUACCGCCGGCGAAAGCGCCUUGCCGUUCCUUCUAAGACCCAAUGAUCCAUCUGAAUACCGGGAUCUGCUCAACUUCAGCUACGUCGUCUUCAGCGACAAUGCUCCUCCGUUACGCGACUUCCGUACGGACAAUUACUGGUCCCAGCAUAAGAUUGUUCAAAGGGUGAUUGAGGCUGUGUUGAAGGAGCAGAAGCGGGCGUCUGGUAAUGUAAUCUGUGUUGGAUAUGAUAAGUUCAAGCGUUCAAGUCCCAUUACCGAGCUUUUGACGGCUAAAGGAUGGAGUCUUCUUCUGGAACGGGUGGGAGAUGAUGUUAUGAUUUAUCUUCUGAAGUAUGCAUCAAUCUUUCUGCCAUUUCCUUGCUCGAAAUACCAGCAAGUUGCUGGCUUUCCUACGAGCAACUUUGCUCUUCAAUUUUUGUCAAAGCACAAGGUGGAGUCACAAUCGCAGAGCAAACGUCCUUUGGCCAACAGUUUUGAACCAACAAAGAAGAGGGCUAGAUUCACUGAGGAAAAUGUGAUGCAUCACACUAGCAAUUGUGUUGAAAGAUGUGAUCAAAUGGAUGCUCCCAAGGCAGAGAUAAGUGGCCAAAAGCAUCACUUGUACGAUGAGCCUGAGGGCUCCAAGCAUAACGUUUUGGGUAGCAGAAAGCGGUCAUGUAAGUGGCAGCGUCGCAGAAACUUAAGGCGUCUUGCUGCUAAAGAAGAUGGUGAAGAGAACUCUUGCAGCAUUAAGUGUAAUCGUGAAGUUGGGUUCUCUAAAACCUCUCAUACUGGAUGUACUAAUGUCAGUUCAGAUCAUCAUCAUAAAAAGGUCAUAUCCGCUCAUGCAGUUACUAAAGGGGCUGAGAUCAAUCGGCAACCCAUCUUCUAUAGUUAUGGUGGAGCUUCAUCAGUUCUUCCCCCGAAGCAUGUAUUGAAAUCCUUAAAGCCGAACCAUACUAGUUCUAGUUCUCUUCUACAGAGUAUUUUUGGCUUCUCUGAUGUAGCUGGAAGUGCACAAUCACUGACAUGCUCCAACUGUAAUGCUUCUUCCUCGAGUCGACCUAUGUGCCUGCAUCAUUCACUUGCUAAACUGCUGAAGAACCUAAUUUUUCGAACUCAACGAUGCAAUCACUUGAAGCUAUUAGAUAAACACUGUCCCGUUCCCUCUUCAUGUCAGAACUUUCAGGACAAAGAUCUGAAUGGAAAAGGACGUGACAGUUCCUCCAGUUGCAAUUUGAAUUCCUAUAGUAAACCUCAAGCCGUCACUGAUACCCAGUUCAAAGGAAUGAAGUCUUAUUGCUCAAAACAUCAGGUGAUAUCAUUUAUAUGGGCUGUUAGUAGAAACAUAGUUCCUCCUGACUUGCUUGGAACUCCAUCAAGCUGGAGGGUCUUAAGGAGAAAUAUUGCGAAGUUUAUUCGUCUAAGAAGAUAUGAAAAGUUCUAUUUGAAGCAAUGCAUGCAUGAACUGAAGACAUCAAGCUUCCCCAUCUUGUGCAACAAACACCAACUGCUAGAGAAAUGGAUUGUUUGGUUUUUCUCUAACAUAAUAGUUCCCUUGCUUCAAGCAAACUUCUACAUCACCGAGAGUGAGCAUGGGAAGCAAGAAGUUUUCUAUUAUAGGAAAUCAAGUUGGGAAACGUUGAAGAAUCAAACCAUGGCCUGCUUGGAAGACAAGAAUUAUCAAACUCUAAAUGUAGCUGAAGUUUCGGGUAUUCUAAAUAAUAGAUCAUUUGGUUUCUCAAAGCUCAGACUUGUUCCCAAAAAGAAUUCAAUGAGGGUGGUUGCAAAUCUCAAAGCAGCAUCAAGACUGUCUGCUUCAGAAUCUUCCUCGCAUGUUCAAUCUUCGUCAGUGUCAAGGAAAGUCCAUUCUCUCAGUGACGUGGAUGUAAGACACAAGUAUUUCAAGCCAGUGAACUGCGUACUUCGUGAUGCACAUGCUGUUCUUAGAGGCAUGCGGUCGAAAGAACCAGAGAAGUUUGGUUCAUCGGUGUUUGACUACAAUGACAUCUACAAGAAGUUGUGCCCAUUUAUCAUGAGUCUGAACAGGAAGCCAUCAGUCUCAUCAUUACCCAAUGUUUUCACAGUUGUUUCUGAUGUAUCAAAAGCUUUUGACUCUGUGAAUCAGGAUAAAUUGGUUAGCAUCUUAAAUGCUGUGCUCAGUGAAGAUGGGUAUCUUCUGAAACACGUCAACCAAGUUUUCUGCACUAAGAAAUCUUUGUGGGUGCAAGAAAAGGCCAGCCUAUUUGAGCCAGUUAAUGUCAUCGACAGUAAAAGAUGCGGCUCUAGUGCAGUCAGUUCCAUAAGCAGUGUGCUUGUUAAUCAGGGAAUAGAAAGGCACUUGAGCAGAAGUGAGGUCAUGAAUGUACUCAAGGAACUUGUCAAGCGUAAUGUUUUGCGGAUGGGUAAAUGCUUUUACUUGCAAGGUAUGGGAAUACCUCAGGGAUCUAUUGUGUCUUCUCUGCUUUGCUCGCUAUACUAUGGGCACCUUGAGAGAAGAGUGAUUUUCCCAUACCUUGAGAAAGCGAGCAAACCCAUCAUUGAACAUUCGUCGAGAAGACUUCAGUUACAAGAUUAUUGCGGAAAUGCAGAGACACGCUAUGCGCUUUUGAGAUUUAUUGAUGACUUCCUCCUUAUAACAACCUCAAAGGAUCAGGCUUCUGAAUUUUUCGAGAAGUUGAAGAAGGGAUUUGGAGACUACAACUGCUACAUGAAUGCAGAAAAAUUCUGUCUCAAUUUUGAUCCUGGACAUGAAUCGCCGCCUCCAUCAAACAGGAUCUACGUCGCUGAAGAUGGAGCUUCAUUCGUUCGAUGGAGUGGAUUGCUUCUGAAUGCUUCCACUUUGGAAAUACAAGCAGACUACACAAGGUAUCUGAACAACCAUUUGAGGUCACGUCUUACCAUUGGCUGGGGCAAGAAACCGAGACUCCAUAUGGAGAAAAAGUUGCAAGCUUUCAUGACACCCAAGUGUCAUCCCUUGUUUUUUGAUUCAAACAUCAACUCAGCACCAGUUGUGAGAUUGAACGUCUUCCAGGCCUUCCUGAUAUCUGCUAUGAUAUUCCAUUGUUACGUUUCUGAGAUGUCGUACAUCUGCAAAUUCCCUGCUGAAUCCCAUUUGAAGACGAUUCAGGGAACCUGGAGAUAUAUGCAUACACUGAUAAAGAGAAGGAUGCAGUCUUUAUCUUCUUCUUCCGGUUCUUGUCCCAGUCCAGUGCUUCGGUUGCACGAGACCGAAGUACACUGGCUUGCGAUGAAAGCUUACAUUGAAGUUCUAAAGAGGAAGCAGUCACGGCACAGAGUCUUGCUCUCCAUGUUGAGAUCAAAGUUGUCAGCUCAUCCAAUCAGCCAGAGUAAGAAUUUGCCACCUGAACUGAAAUAUGCUGUUGAUAGAUCGAAUUCCUCCUUGCUCUGGAAAAUCAAGUAUUGAACGCACAGAAGCGACUGUCUCCUAUACCUUAGCAUCCCCUUUAGUCUUCCUGUGACAAACCCUAUUAGCUGGAAAUUGACAGCUGGAGUGAUUCUGCACUGGCUUUCAUAUUUAACAAUUAACAAUCCUUGGCGGGAAAUUUUAUCUUACGCUUUCAUAUUUAAGACACACUCUCUUAUUGCUUACUCAAUUACUUGUCCUUGAAGCAAAACAAAGCCAAGCAGCCAUGGUGAAAUUUGUAAAAUUUUGGAACCAACUUAUUAAUCAAGCAUUCUUCAGUAAUGUGUUCCCAACGUCAAUGACGAAUCUGUACUUAACAUCCGCCUUCUCCAAACGUUCCAUGGCCUUGUUCACAUAUUCCACCGGAAUAACCUCGACCUCCGCCGCAAUGCCAUGUUUGCCGGCGAAAUCAAGCAUCUCCUGAGUCUCCUUCAUCCCACCAAUCCCACUCCCGCCGACCAUCUUCCUGCCCUUCAGCAACGGGAAAGCCGGCAGCUCAAGCGGCUUCGUCGGCGCCCCGACCAAAACCAGCUUCCCAUUUGUCUUCAACAGCCCAAUCAACGGCACCAGCGGGUGAUCCGCCGACACGGUAUCGACGAUCCCGUCAAACCUCCCCAUCGCCGCCUUCAUCUCCUCCUGAUCGCGGCUGAUCAGAAACGAAUCGGCGCCGAGGUUUUGGAUUGCAUCAUCUUUCUUCGCCGGCGAAGUGCUGAUGACGGUUACUUGGGCCCCCAUUGCCCUAGCGAAUUUCACGGCAACGUGGCCCAGCCCACCGAGCCCAACAACGGCCAAGUUCAUCCCGGGCCGGUCCAGCCCAUAGUACCUUAAUGCGCUGUAAACCGUGAUCCCGGCGCAGAGCAAGGGAGCGGCGAAUUGGAGCGGCAGGGCGUCCGGGAUUCGGACCACGAAGUGCUCGUCGCAGACCAUGACAUCGGAGUAGCCGCCGUAGGUGACGGUUCCGUCGGAGCUGUGGCCGGAAUAGAUGGGGAUUGCUUUUGGGCAGUGGUUUUCGAGGUCGUGGAUGCAGCUGUCGCAGGAGCGGCAUGAGGCGGCGAUGCAACCGACGCCGACUCUGUCGCCGGGGCUGAAUUUCGUAACUUGGCUCCCGACCUCGGUGACUUGGCCGACGAUUUCGUGGCCGGGGACUAGUGGGUACGUGGCGAUACCCCAUUCGUUCUUGAUCAUGUGGAGGUCGGAGUGGCAGAUCCCGCAGUAGAGCACUUUGAACUUCACGUCCUUCUCCCCUGUUGCCCUUCGGGAGAAAUUGAAGGGAGAGAGGACACCGGAUUGGUCCCUCGCAGCCCAACCAAAGGCCGGAACUGGGUGUUCUUGCUCUGCUGCCUUAAUUGCUGCCAUUUGCUUGCUCUGGGUCUUCUGAGGUUUAAAAAUUCAAGGUAAGGUAAUGGCUUUUAGUUAGAAUGUGGUGAAGGAAGGAUUAAUGGUGGAGGGGAUUGAGGUGGUGCUGGUUUGUAUGUAUAGUAGGCAGGCA